AUGGAAUGUCUAACCAAGUGGCCGGAGCCUAUCGUCCGAGUUCAGUCACUGUCCGAGAGUGGCACGAGAGCCAUACCCAACAGCUACAUCAAGCCGCCAUCGGAGAGACCCUCCCUGGAUUGCGUCGAUCAAACAAGCGAUAUUAACAUCCCAGCAAUUGAUCUUGGAGGCCUCUACGGCAAUGCCGGUGAACGCGAAAAGACCAGUCAAAUAGUGGCGGAUGCAUGCCGGGAAUGGGGAUUCUUCCAAGUGGUUAAUCAUGGGGUUAGUGUGGAAUUGAUGGAAAGGAUCAAAGGUGCAUGGAGGGAUUUUUUUCAUCUCCCUUUAGAGAUGAAGGAAACCUACUCCAACUCUCCCAAGACAUAUGAGGGGUACGGUAGCCGACUUGGGGUGGAUAAGACCACUGUUCUUGACUGGGGUGACUACUUCUUCCUUAAUCUCGUGCCUUACUCUAUCAGGAACAUGGACAAAUGGCCCACCUUUCCUGCUUCUCUCAGGGCUAUAAUCGAUGAGUAUGGAAACGAGUUGGCCAAGCUAUCUGAGGUUGUGACGGGGUUGUUAUCAAAGAGUCUCGGAAUGGAAGAAGAAUCUCUACAUGAUACCUUUGGAGGGGAAGAAAUGGGCAUGACUUUGAGGGUGAACUACUAUCCAAAAUGUCCAGAGCCUCACCUGACUCUCGGUCUAUCUGCACACUCCGAUCCUGGAGCCCUAACCCUUCUUCUACCUGAUGAUCGUGUCAACGGCCUCCAAGUUCGGAAAGGCGACGCUUGGGUCACCGUUAAAGCAGCUCCCAACUCGUUUAUUAUCAACGUCGGCGAUCAGAUUCAGGUACUGAGCAAUGGCAUUUUCAAGAGCGUUGAGCACCGAGUGAUGGCGAAUUCAACGCAAGAGAGGCUGUCCGUUGCCUUCUUCUACAACCCCAAGAAUGAUGUACAGGUGGGGCCAGCACCGACGCUUGUGACCCCAGACCGACCGGCCUUGUAUCAACCGAUCACCUUUGGCGACUACAGACUAUACAUGAGGACAAAGGGCCCACGUGGAAAAUCACACGUGGAGUGCUUGAAGUUGAUCGGUGGUGAUCUAUCCACUCACUGCUCCCGAAAAGAGGAGUCGUAAGCAUGGUACAUGGUAGCUUGUGCACUCAUGUUAGGUGUGUGUGGCCUGCUGUGGGCUAUGUGGAACCCAUUGCAUCUAAUAAUAAAAGGAUGCUACCUCUGGUGUUAGGAAAAACAAUAGGUAUAUGAUACAUGUCAUGAUCAGUUUAUCUCCAUGUGAAUC